AACCGGAACUCUUUGCACGGACCAAGAAAGAAGGCAGUAUAUGUUGCUAGCUACAUAUCUCACGACCAACACCGUAGCAAGCGGCUUACUCACUUCCGUCUGGCUUGUCGCAAAAAAAAUUAAUAACAAGCACAUAGCUACAUAUACGAGCGAGACUAAACAAACCGUAUUGCUUUAUAUUUGUUCUCAGUGUUGGGAUACACAUUGGCAAAUGGUUUCAAUCAUGUAGCUGCAUAGGUAGCUAUCUGUCAUUGAUCAACGAACUAACGUUAGCCAGCGGGAGCUGAACAUUGAGAAGCCGUAUGUGUGUCCUGUUGCCUGAUCGCACCGGAGAGAUAGCUUCACGCCAAGGCCCCAGUCUACACAGUCAUCCCUGGGGCUGUCGUAAUGUCGGAGCCCAAGGCGACCACCCCGACCCAGGGAGAUACAUACAAAGGCUGGCUCUUCAAAUGGACAAAUUACAUCAAGGGUUACCAACGACGAUGGUUUGUUUUGAGCAACGGCUUGCUGUCUUACUACAGGACACAGGCGGAAAUGGGUCACACGUGUCGAGGCACCAUUAACCUGGCCACGGCAAACAUCGCAGUGGAGGACUCGUGUAACUUUGUCAUCUCGAAUGGCGGUGCACAGACCUACCACCUGAAGGCCAGCUCUGAGGUGGAGAGACAGCGCUGGAUCACAGCCCUGGAGCUGGCCAAGGCCAAGGCUGUUCGCAUGCAGGCUGAGUCUGAUGAUUCUGGAGAUGAGUGUCCCUCGUCCUCGCCGCCUCCGUCAGGACAGGGUGGAGGUGCACGGUGCUCAGAGGUUCAGUCAACGUUGCGUACGCUGGGUAGCAAGGUGGAGGACCUGAGCACCUGCAAUGACCUCAUUGCCAAGCAUGGCUCCGCCCUCCAGAGGUCUUUGUCAGAAUUGGAGGGGUUGCGGCUCGGGGGAGAGACAGGAGACAAGAUUCGGCAAGUUACGGAGAGGGCCACACUGUUCCGUAUCACAUCCAAUGCCAUGAUCAAUGCUUGCCGGGACUUUCUGGCCCUGGCGCAGGCCCACAGCAAGCGCUGGCAGAAGGCCCUGCAGGCGGAGCGGGAGCAGAGGGUGAGGCUGGAGGAGACGCUGGAGCAGCUGGCCAAGCAGCACAACCACCUGGAAAGGGCCUUCCGGGGGGCCACCGUGCUCCCCGCCCCCACAGCCAACUCCGCCACCGACAGCAAGGGUUCUGCCCCAGGCAAGGGGGAUGCAAGUGAUGAAGAUGAGGAGAACGAAUUUUUCGAUGCCAUGGAGGAUGCGCCGGAGUUCAUCACCGUGCCAGCUGACCCCAAGUACCACAGGAGAUCGGGCAGCAAUGUAAGCGGCAUCAGCAGUGAAAUUGGGAUGGACGACCAAUCGCUUGAUGACCAGUCGCUGGUGUUCAAUCAAGAGUCCCCUCAGCCCCAGGAGAUGGAGCUAGUGAAAAAGAGGAGGACUCGCAUACCUGACAAGCCAAACUACUCCCUCAAUUUGUGGAGCAUCAUGAAAAAUUGCAUUGGCAAAGAGCUGUCCAAGAUCCCCAUGCCUGUGAACUUCAAUGAGCCGAUCUCCAUGCUGCAGCGUCUCUCGGAGGACCUGGAGUACUGUGAGCUGCUGGACAAGGCGGCCAAGUGCCAGAGCUCCCUGGAGCAGCUGUGCUACGUGGCAGCCUUCACUGUGUCGUCCUACUCCACCACAGUGCACCGCACCGGCAAGCCCUUCAAUCCCCUGCUGGGAGAGACCUUCGAGCUGGACCGCUUGAGAGAGAGCGGGUACCGGUCACUUUGUGAGCAGGUCAGUCACCACCCGCCUGCUGCAGCUCACCACGUGAUAUCCGAGCGGGGCUGGACCCUGAGGCAGGAGAUCGCCCUCGCCAGCAAGUUCAGGGGCAAAUACCUGUCCAUCAUGCCUCUGGGUACUAUCCACUGCAUAUUUGAGAAGAGUAACAAUCACUACAGUUGGAAAAAAGUCACUACAACCGUUCACAACAUCAUUGUGGGGAAACUAUGGAUUGAUCAGUCGGGUGAGAUUGAUGUGGUGAAUCACAAGACAGGGGAUCGCUGCCACCUCAAGUUCGCCCCCUACAGUUACUUCUCCAGAGAUGUGGCCAGGAAGGUGACGGGCGUGGUGACGGAUAAGGAGGGGAAGGCCCACUACAUCCUGUCAGGAACGUGGGAUGAGAAGAUGGAGUUUUCCCGGGUCAUGCAGAGCAGCAAGGGGGGGCUGGGCGGAAUUGGGGAGAAUGGCACGGAGGGAAAACAGAAGACCGUGUACCAGACGCUCCGGGCACGAGAACUGUGGAAGAAGACCCCGCUCCCAGAGAGUGCGGAGACCAUGUACUACUUCUCUUCGCUGGCGCUGACCCUGAACGAGAUGGAGGAGGGCGUGGCGCCCACGGACAGCCGGCUACGCCCGGACCAGCGGCUGAUGGAGCAGGGCCGCUGGGAGGAGGCCAACGCCGAGAAGCAGAGGCUGGAGGAGAAGCAACGCAGCGUGCGCCGGGAGAGGGAGAGGGAGGCGGCCCGCGUCGCCAGUCCCGCCGAGGACGCUCUCAUUGAGGACUCUGAUCCGUCUCUAAAAAGCACCCACCAGGACAACUACAAGGCGCUGUGGUUCGAGCGGUGUGAGGACCCCGUCACCAACGAAAUCACGCACAUCUACAAGGGAGGUUAUUGGGAAGCGAAGGAACAAGGCAACUGGGACAUGUGCCCCGACAUCUUUUGAUGUAAUCAUCACACUUGAGACUGAACUGCCUAAGACAGUUGCCAUCCCCCCCCCAUAAAUCAAUUGCUCACAUUAUUUUCUGUCUUCUGUGAAACACUGAGCGUAAGGGCAGCUGACCAGCUGGGUUCAGUGGGCUCAAUGCCCUUGUUCUUUCAAAGACCCCACUGUUAAUGAGAAGAUUAUCUCUCUCUUUACUUCGUACUGAGAAUAAAAGGGGUGCACAUGUAGUCUAAUUAACCCCACCUCCCGGUGUUAUUACUGCGACCCUCCUCUCCAGGGCGAACUGGAGCCCUUUAUUUAACUACUCUGCUGCCCAGACCCCAUUUUCCUCCUUGACCGUAUAAACUCUUUCCUCCCCUCAGGGGUUUACUUGGGUGGCAGUUGAGAAGCUGGGAGGUCUUUAGUGUGUUUCACAAAUGCCGUUGUGGAGUGAGUACAUGAGUCUGUCAGUCAAGUUUGUCAGGCCAUGACGUACAGUACGAGCUGGUUGCAGACCGGAUAGCUUUAAGUGCUGCUUUUACACUCCCAGUCUGAGGAGUCGCCAUGUGCUGCAGUCAGCCAAUAGCACGGCUGUACUGGAAUUGCUUUAGGAAGUGGCAGUGUGUAACUGAGGUGGUGCUGAUGUGAAGUCUCUCUAAAGUUGUGGCUGAAAGGUCGAGACGUCACUGCAGACUUUGCCUGUUCUACAAAUCAAUACACAUGAAUAAAUGAAUGAAUGAACACUGAGAAGUGAAUAGGCUAUUGCUUGAUUUAGUAAUUGCAUAAAUGCAAUUCAAACCAGGCCUGUAAGUUACUUGAAAUCUCUUAACAGGCACUGAUUGUUUUCCAUAUUGACACAUCAUAAUACUACAUCAUUAUCUCUACAGCAGGAACCAGUUCCUUUCCAUGACAGCAUAGCCUGGUUCUACUUUACUGCACACACUGUACACAUAUGAUCCUUUGGACAGUCAAAUGUCACAGUGACUGACUCCAGCUGUGAUUUACUGUGCUAAUUGUUGUGUUUGCUAACAGGCCUCGGCCUUUCUCUGUAGUCAAUCAUUGGAAGUGUGAGCUGUUAUAAUGAAACUAGUUAUAAUUAUUUUGACCCGAUUUUGAUUUUUGAAGCUUUUGGAGAGCGCUCUGGUUAAUGGAGGGCCUCCCGGCGUGUCUGCAGGUCUUCAUACUGUGUCUCCUGUACUCACCCUUCUCUUUAUGUGCCUAAUUUAGCUGAACAUUUUCUCUUGAAUGAAGGAUGAUUUGCCACAGAAAUAACUGUAGGCAGAAGAAAGAGUGAGCAGUGUAGUAGUUUUAGAAACUAUUUUAGAAACCAGUUAAACAGGCCUAGUUUAGAGUGUGUUUUGCAUAGUGGGGGUGUUCACAUGAUCACUACUGAGAGAUCAGUAUAAACACCAAGGGUGUAACGGACACACAUGAGGUAAUGGACUUGUGUCAUCCUGGCUCUGUCAGCAAAAACACUAUACAGUAUGAGGAAGAUGGAGUCUACAAAUAUGCAUAGCCUAGGGUCAGGGAAAAACUUAAAACAACAGUUUUGCAAUUUGUUGUGUGUUCUAAAAUCCUUUUAUUUUCAAGUGUACUUAAAAACCAAGAAUUAAGAAACCAAGACCACAAAUCUCUGAGUAUUGCAAAUAACUGUGUAUAUUAAAAAAUAAAUAAAAUAAUGGUAAUAAUAGAAUUAUAAUAUGUUUGGAAUAUCAUUGAUUUUGGUAUGGGUAUCAAAAGAUUGGGGUUUCAUGAUCAGUUUUCCUUCUUUAAUAGAAAGGGAAGGUUCAUUUGUCAGAAAGGGAGAAAAAGGUGACCUAAAAUGAACUAAUACUUUUAUUUAGAUUAGAUAUUCUGAUUUGUGUUAUGCUGAAUUUUCCUCUGGUAUAGCAGUUAUGGUUUUGCCAGUUCAUCGUCUGAUUUUCAUACUGCUCUUUUUCUUUAAUAAUAUAUUUUUUGUCUUUUUCAUCACAUGUUGUUUAUUGGAUCAUUUUACUGUCAGCAAAGGGUUUCUGGUUUCUGUCAGGUUGGUUCAUUGGAAGGUACCGCUCCCUAUAUAAAGUCUGUGGCAGUUGAAGAUGUGUAAUGACAAGAACAAUGAUGGUGACAAUAAAAAAGAAAGAAAAACCCUUCCUACA